AUGAAGGCUUUAAAGCGGAUACUGCGGUACAUUAAAGGAACAAUUCAUUAUGGUUUACAGUUAUAUAAAUCAUCGGCACAUUCUCUGGUGGCUUACACGGAUGCCGAUUGGGGUGGUUGUCCUGACACCCGCCGCUCUACUUCUGUUUACUGUAUAUUUCUUGGGAAUAAUCUUAUUUCUUGGUCUUCAAAGCGGCAACGUAUAAUCUCAAAAUCAAGCUCAGAAGAUGAAUACAGAGGAGUCGCUAAUGGAACAGCAGAUGAAGUUGUUGAUUGCUCUCAUGGGAAACAGCUUUCGGAGCUUUGCAAGGAGAAACAUCUGAAGAAGUUUGUGCUAUCGCUAGGAAAAUCAAAAGCAGCCACAAAUGGCUCUAAAAAGACAACUGUGUCAGAAAAUCAGAACAAACCAUCUGAGAGCGGAAGUUCAGAUACUUUCGAAUUGGGUGCUGACCUUCCUGAAAUCUCUAGAAAUAGUUUAGAUAGUAGGCUUGAGAAGUCUAAGAAGCCAGAUAAACCUGAAAAAUCCCGGAUGAGCACCGACCGUGUUGAUAGAUUUAGGAGAAGAAAAGGCUUGGUCUGGCAACCCAGACUUGUCUUGUACACUUCCUGUGCUACUAAAUUCGUCUGUGGAAAUAUUUCCGCCGGCUAUCCUUUCUGGGGAAGUGAUCGGCAGUAUGGUUGCGGCGUUCCUGAAUUGGAGCUCAAGUGCGAAAAAAAUAUAACAAAAAUAGAAAUCAACGGUGUAAAAUACCGUGUUCUGGACAUCAACAACGACGAUCAGAUUCUGAAAAUUGCAAGAGAAGAUUUCAACGGUGUAAAAUACCGUGUUCUGGACAUCAACAACGACCAUCAGAUUCUGAAAAUUGCAAGAGAAGAUUAUAUCUAUGAUUUCUGUAAACCUGACUUCCUUAACACCACACUUGACUCUAAGUUUUUCGAUUACUCUCCAGGUUAUCGGAAUCUCACAUUUAUAUACGGUUGCCCUGUUGGAAUCCCAGCACUAUUCAAUUGCUUCAUCGCAGGGUCUCUGCCUCAAAAUGGUUAUGUCUUAUUGAACGCUGUUGGCCCUGGGUCAUGUUAUCGCAGCGUUUUCGUGCCGGUUUAUGAAUUGAGUUUGGAAACAAUGCUUUUCAAUUUGACAGGUCUGAAAGAAAGCUUGAAACAAGGAUUUGAAGUGAAAUUGAAAGUAGAUAAUACAGUUUGUAAUGAUUGUCUCAGUUCGAAAGGAGCUUGUGGAUAUGAUUUCUUCUCUAAUGAAACGACUUGCUAUUGUCUCCUCGGCCAAAUUACAGGAUCAAAAACUUGUGCUACUUGGUCACCAGAUGCUGUUCCUGAAAGUAGACCGGGAGACAAAUCAAAUAUAGCAGUGAAACUUGGAAUAGGACUUGGCACAGUAGUGGCAGUUGCAGCUAUUUUCAGUAUUUGUUAUUGCAUCACUAGAAGAGGAUUUUGGACUAUUUUCAGAAUUUGUUAUUGCAUCACUAGAAGAGGAUUUUGCAGCUAAACGAAGAACACAAAACAAGAAAAAGACAUAGAAGCAUUCAUCAUGAACUAUCAC